CAGCCGGAGUUUUCCGAAGCACGCUCCCGCGCUCUUCUCGCGUCCUAUCGCUUUACCUUUUCAAAAGUUUCUCCCGGCUCCUAUUUAGGUGAAACUCUUUUCAUUUAAAAACUGAAAACCUUUGUACGCCGCUUGGAGAGUUUAGAAUAUUUCCGCUGUUUUGUUUUUUGCUCGUUAGCGUUUUUAAAUUGGUUAGAUAGAACACACUUUUAACAGUAAGCCAAGCCAAUCUCCAAGUAAUAUUCGUCCCGUUGACCCUCAACUUAAGCCGCAGGAUGGAGUUCAAAACCCAAAGCAAAUGAAAUUUUCGUGAGACAAAGCAGUUAUUUCCGCGCUUAAAAUCCUGUGAGCUGACCUUAUUUAAACCCGGUAGAGCACGUAAAAGUUUUAUAGACCGUGUGCCGUAUCAACUUUUAGGCAAAAGUAAUAUAGGAACGAGAUGAAUUAGAAAAAUAUGAAUUAAAAGUUUUUUAGUCGACGUGUGUUUGAACUAUCAGAUGCUAAAAGUCGAACAGAACAUAUCACAAAGUCUUUUAUACACAAUAGUAUAAGAAACAAGCCGUAACAAUGAGUGAUUAUGAACGGAUAAGACUGGUGAUUCUUGGUGGACAGGGUGUCGGAAAAAGUUGUAUCAUUAACAGAUUUCUGUUUAAUAAGUAUUGCAAUAAGUACCGAAGCACCGUCGAGGACCUCUAUAAUAAGGAGUAUGAUCUUGGACAUAUGACGCUCAAAGUGGAUUUAUUGGAUACUGCUGGAGACAUGCAAUUUCCAGCUAUGCGACGUUUGUAUAUAGCGACGGCUCAUGCUUUUUUACUCGUCUACUCAGUUACGUCCGCCCCGUCAUUUUCAAGCAUUAAACAAUGCUUUGAGGAAAUCAGAGAAAACAGAACCGAUUACCAAGAUAUACCGAUCGUAGUAGCCGGAAAUAAACUGGAUUUGACCGCGUCGCAUAAAGAGAUCACGAUAGAAGACGUCACGGAAUGGGUGUAUUGUGAAUUACCUAAGUUAAGGGUUAAAAUACUAGAAUGCUCAGCCAAAGACGACAUAAAUAUUAAAGAGAUUUUCCGUAAUCUUCUAAGCUUAUCCAAAUUAAUUCCUAAAAACGAUACGACUGAUGUAAGCACUGGAUUAAAGAGACGGUCUAGCGCCUAUGUGUCUGCUACUAGCAAAGGAAAGAGGAGGGCAGAGAGCCCAUUACCUGAAAAAGAAAAACCGUCCGGAUCAGGAACCGGGAUGUCUGAGGGAAAUCACCUGGCUAAGCCCCGAUCCAGGUCGCUAAUACGUCGCGCCAGCAGGAAGACUAAGCAACAAAUCAGGGACGCACAGGUGGACGAGUGUAAUGUAUCCUAAAUAUGAUAACAAGGGUCCAAAAUUAGGGUAAAGGGCCGAGGUUUUUUUCAUUUGGCCCUAAUAGACACUUUUAUGUCGUUUCGCUUUUUUUUACAAAUAUGAUUUCAUAAAUAUUUCGU